UUCGAUGCACGUGUACGUACCUGGAUAUCCGUGUCAAAGAGGAUUAGAUAGAGUGGAAGGUCCAAUAAAAGCGCUAUAUAAAAAAUCGUAUACGAGUUUGACUUCCGGUUUAACGGCCGAGGCGUGUGGACGUGUUUGAGAAACGUACCGAAAAUUUACCGCCGGGGAAAACUUCAAGGUGAAGUGCAACCUGAGUGGAAAUCGUGACUGAGAGGUAGGGGCUUUAGAGAAAAAGGGACACAGUCUAUUCUAAGGGCAUAAAGCCCCUAGGAUAAGUUUUUCUUGGGACUAGUAGGUGUGGGGAGCAGGGGCAGAGAUACCCCUUUGGUUUCUUAUUUAAAAGUUUUUAAAUAACAUUGAAUAGAGAGUGGGUGUUUAAUAAGUACAACCCCCGCGGGGGAACCCGCUUUGAAAAGAAAGUUUAUUUAAAAAAUGGAAGACAGUAGGAAAAAAGAAAUUGAAAAGGAGCCCAGAAUGAAGGCAACGUAAGAAGAAAUGAAGAAGACUAUUGAUGACAAAGGAAAGGAAAUGGAAAUAGAAGCGGUAGAAUCAAGGGAAAUCAAAAGGAAAACUAAGGAAAAUGAAGAUAAAGGAUUAUGCCAGAAUUUGGAGGUUUUAGAGGAAUAUAAGGCCAUUGUUAAAAAAAUGUGUGAUAAAUGGGAAAAUACCGGAAGAGAGUAUAGAGGGAGCCAUCUGUGAUAUAGCUGCGGCCACGUCCAAUCAGGUGCUAGAAGUCAGGGAAUCAGCCAAUACCACAACGGCAACGGCAAGGACAGGAAACAAGUAUUCUUUAAAGGAAGCACAGACCUGCCCUCUGAAGGGGAAAGAUAAAAAUGAAAUAACAGUUAAUUUAGGAAAGGAGGGGAAGGAGGAAGAUAGAUCGAACAAAGACCCUCAGUUGGAAAUAGGAAACCGAGAAAAUAGCAGUCACGAGAACUCAGUAGUAUCAAAAGAAAACCAGGAAAGAGUAAAAAACAACGAAUGGUGAAACACCAAAAAAAGAAAAGUGGAAGAAAAUAGAGAAGAGUGCGAAACACAGAAGAAACAGGUAAAAAAAUCAAAUAGAUUAAAGACUAAAUCAGAAGGUGACAAAAGUAUUAAAAACACACACGCCAUACUGACACCAUGUGCACCGAAGAAACAACGUUGGGACGCGUAAUUCUCAAAGAGCAGGAUAAGAAUGUAGAUAAUCAUACUUCCCCAUUACAGGUACAAGGAAUAAGCGAAAGUACGAAUAAAGGAAAAAACACAGAGGAAUUAACAAAGGAAAACAAUAAGAAUAAGGAAAAAGAGAACCAAGUAUCUGACAGGACCAAAGAUAAUACACAAGAAACAAAGAAGAAGCGAACCUUAUAAUCAUGGCUGGAGAUAAUGAGGACAGCAAAUGCUACGCAAGUAUACCGUACAGGAAAAUGAUUAGAAAAGGUGUUAUCCAUGAAUGGGAGGACAGCAUCGAGGAAUUGUAAGCAGAACUUAUGCCGGGACAAGGAACAUAUAAACUCGAAAUGUUAAAGAAAAGAACAUAUAAGGACGGAGAAGUUAAAUAGGCAGAAGGAAGAGCUAUCUUAAUAAUUUUUGAGGGGGAUUCACUCCCAACUAAGACGUUGAUCGGUUACGGACAGGUUUGGCUAAGAGUACCUUUAGAACUUUUGUAGAAUCAGUGAAACACUGUUAUAAGUGCUAUAGAUAUGGACACUCCCAAAAAAUGUGUAGAAAUAAAGUCUCCAUCUGUAGAAGAUGUGGAGAGGAAAGACACGGUGAAUGUAACAAACAACCACACUGUACGAACUGCGCUGGAGCACAUCCAAGCAUGUCGAAAGAGUGCCUGACUUUUCAGAAAGAAGCGAAUAUUAAAAAAGUAAUGGCCUACCGCAACUGGCCAUACAACACAGCAAAAACAUAUAUCGAAGGCAAACUUCGCAAUGAAAACAUGGAAUUGAUAAGAAAAGAAUCAAAGCAAGGAAGAUGGAAUUUUCCACCAUUACAAUCUAAGCUAAAAAUUGAAUACUGGGAGGAUAAGGAAGUACCAGGAUUAACAUUUAAUGUAAAUAAAUGGAACGAACCACAGGAGAAAUCAAGAAACCAAGGAUAUAUUGAUUUAGAAAAUGAGGAACAGGAAUCAAUGAACAGGAACAGGGAUAUCAUGGAUAGGAAAAAAGAAGAAAAAGAGAAAAACAAGAAACAACACUUAGAUUAUAAUGAGGAGUAUAAGGGCCCAUAUAAUAAUAAGUAUGGCCGCCUUCUACAACAUGAAGUAGAUAGAGUCCCGAAAGAGGAGGUGGUAUACGAAUAUGGAAGCCUAUACCACGGAGAGAAGGACAUUAAGAAGCAAUCAUACAUUGAAAGAAAAAAUAAUAGGAAAAUAAUCCAACAACUAGAAGAAAGAAAUGAAGAAGAGUUGUUAAAUGACUUAGUCAGUUUGAUAUGGGAAAAAAACCUACAGGGCAAAGUAGAAACGAUUUUCAGUAAAACCAAAUACAUGGCCAAAUGGAGACCACCGCCAGAAGAUGAAAGAUGGGAUGUAAGAAACCAGGAGAAUUUUGAAACCUAUGUCUCUGAGGAGGAGAGAUCCAGAAUUAGAAAAAGGAGCGAGGCACGAAAGCUCCAAAGGGAAGGUUUAGAAUACUUGGAAGCGCCCAGGACCUCCAAACCCAUAAUAAAAAGCGGCCAACUAUACAAAAACAAGCAGAACUGUCCUCCACCGAAAGAAAGCAGCAAAAGGGCAAUUUUUAAGGGAGCUAGCUCUCAAAGUAAGAGAAGAGAGAGCUAGAAUAGAAGAGGAAAGCAAAAAAGGUAACAGGCAUGAGAAAAAGGACCAGGAAGAAGAAUCAUAUGAAGAAUCAUCAUAUCAAUUUAAAAAAAAAAAGAAUAAUAAUAAAUAUAUGUAUAACGAUUGCUCAAUACAUAAUAGGUAAAAAAUAUUUUCUAUAUCUGAAAUUUACAUGCAUAACAAAUAAGAGAAAAUUUGUAAAGACAAUAAAUGUUAUUCUUAUACGAAUUUUUAUAUUAUUUUGGUACGAAUAACUUAAAAAAAAAAAAUGUGUGAAUUUUUGUUCUUAAAUAUAAUAGAAUUAUUAAUGAUAAUCUUAGUUUGUAAGACCAUUAGUUAUAAUUUGAGUAUGUGCCUACCGAUGACUAUGUUUAAACGGUUUUGACUUAGAUUUAUAAUAGCAUUUUUAGUUACAUUCGAUUAACAUAUGAAAAUUAUAACCCAAAGAGGACUUUUUGGUUUUUUGUUUAAAUGUACACUAGAUAUUGUAGGAAAUAAAGGACGCGCAGUUAACGUUUCCAGGACGUAUUGCAUUCCAUUGCGAGGGGCCGCGGUGGUCCUAUGACGCAUUCGAUUGCGAACGAGCGAUCAGUCAAUUAUCAAGGACGACGGGUGAGAGAUGUGUCGUAUGCCCUUACGACGUUUAUGUUAAAACCUGUGUUAAAACCUAUGUAUUAUUUUAAUAAAACCUACAAAUUGGGAGCUCGUCCUAUGUAAAAAACAAAAAAAAAAUAAAUAAAUAAUAAACUAGACAUGUCGCGACGGUGUAAAAGACGAAUUAUAAUCUAUAACGAUAAUUUGUACGAUAUUUUGUGACGUGUGUGUGUGCAAAGACAACAUACAGUAACGAUAAUUGGCGAUGUGUGUGCAAAAACGGAAUAUAGUGACAAUAAUCCGCGACGUGUGUGGACGUAUCGUUUUGUUUUUAAACAAUAACAAAAUGGAAAACCUCGAACAAAUUGCGACGGUAGAACGCAAAAUCAGUACAGCAUCGGCGACUUCGAUAAAAGCCCUUCACCAAUUCAUAUUUAAUACCGACGGCGAUAGAUCUAAUCGCAAACGAUUGCGGGAUUCCCAUUUAACUCUUUCGUUACGGAUGCCGACUAUAGUCGGCGGCCGCGUGACGACCUGUGUGUACGGGUGCCGACCUAUAGCCGACCGCGGGGCCCGCGGGAUGUCCUGUGUGUAUGGGUGCGGCACAUUUCGAGGCGCGAUGCCCCGUUCAGUGGCGUCACUCCCGUGGCGCGUACUGCCGUAAGCAAAGGGUUAAAGACGGCUCUGCGGAACACGUAAAAAAAUUAACAGAAGCAAACGCACUAACAUUCGGCGAUUUAGUCUCGUGUUGUAAUAUAAUUGAUUUGGAUUACCGAGAUUCAAGAGAAAAAAUGAUUCAAAAAGUGUGCGACGCAUUGAUGGACAUAAAUUCACUUGUGCCAACUCAGGAAGAUGAAGAGGCGACCGAAGACGAAAACGCGGACGAUGACCGUCGUAACAAUCACAAUGAGCAAGAAAAUGAAAACGAUCCUGACAACGAUCGCGUAUCCGUUGCAUCAACUCGAAAUGAAGAACCCGAUGACAACGCUUCUUGUCAAAGCAGUCGAAGAGAGUCCAUAAAAUUUUCAAUGAAUUACCGCGACGUGGAAGACUCAAUACGACCUUUCGAUGGCAGCGGCUCCCAUGCAGUGGAACGCUGGAUUGCAGAUUUUGAAGACUUUGCAGUGUUGUUCAACUGGUCGGAUCUCCAAAAGUUGGUAUUUGCAAAAAAAUCGCUUACAGGAGUCGCAAAAUUAUAUGUACAAAGCGAAGGUGUUGUAGAACAUGGACGAAACUAAAAUCGCUCUUACAUGAAGAAUUAUCAAUGAAAAUGAAUAGCGCAAAAUUACAUAAUUUGUUGUCGCAACGAUGAAUGCGAAAAGAUGAAAGUGUGCAAGAAUAUUAUCUUAUUAUGAAAGAAAUAGCAUCACGAGGUACAAACGAAAAUGACGCGCUAAUACAAUACAAUCAAUACAUCAUUGACGGUAUACCAGACGAAACUAACAACAAAUUAAUCCUACUUGGAACAAAGAGAAUCAGUGAUUUUAAAGAUCGAUUAAAGAUUUAUGGAACGUUGUGGAAGAAGAACCAAGAGAAGCAGAUAAAAACGAGAGAAGACUCAACGAGAAGAACGGAUUUCAGAAGAAAGAGUGAAUAUUCGAAGAAAACGACGCCUACAAGAAAACAAGAACCAACAACAACGAAAUUCGAAUCACGGUGUCAUAAUUGCGGUGACAAAGGACAUCUUUCUAGAGACUGUAGUCGAAAAGCAUUACGAAAAAAAUGUUUUGAAUGUAAGUCUUUUGGCCAUA